AGGCUGUCUGGUUCAUCUUGCCUCUUUCUCUGCUGACAUGAAGGUUUUUUUCGUGGGACUUGCCACUCUUUUGUGUUUUGCAGGAGCGGAGGCUCUGCGGUGCAAUGUCUGCAAACGCAAGUUUCUACUCUUUGGAUGCGUUCAGGGAUCAGGUGAAACGACGUGUGGAUGGAGGGAGAGAUGUGUGAACAUUAAAGCUUCUCUUGGGAAAUUACCUCUCUACUACCAGCUGAACUGCACCUCGGUGCAAAAUUGCGGCAAGGUGAGGGCACCCGACGAAUCUCACCUUACUUAUGACUACACCUGCUGCAACACUGAUUUCUGCAAUUGA